CGCCGACUGGCGUACUUCGAGGAGAGCACCCUGCGCUCGGUCAUGCUCAUCCACGGCCGCAUCAUGGUCGUCGCCGUGCCAGAGGCCGACGGCAAAGAGCGGCUUGCGGCGUGCGCCGCCUGGAUUACCCCGGAGUCAGCUGAGUUCGACAGCCCCUGGGUGUUCGUCCGAGCGAAGUUCCAUCGUGCGCUUCUCGGGUGGGGUUAUACCACGGUGAAGAGGAUCACGGAGGAAUACCUUCCAGGCAUGGCGAAGCGCAGGGCAGCAGAACUUGAAAGGCAAGGCAUCAAGAACAACGACUACUGGCACCUUGAGCUGCUGUUCACCAACCCGGACGAUGAGGGCCAUGGUUACUGCGGGAAGCUUUUGAGGGAGCAGGAGGCGCACGACCCGACCAGGUUGUUCACCCUUGACGCCUCAUCAGAGCGUUCAAUUGGGAUUUACCAUCAUUAUGGAUGGGUGACGUACGAUAAGUUUAGGCUUGGAGAAGGCAAGGCUGCCGAGGAUGGCACGACAGCCAAGGGGGAGAAGGCCAUUGGCGUCCCCGUUGAGCUGAUGUAUAGGAAGCCCACGAAGCCUGAAGCAGCCGCAUGAUGGGGUUGCACAUUGUUCGCGAUAUUUUGCUAUGAAUGGUAUUCUGGAUAUCUUUUUCACUGGCGUUCUGAAGGGGGAUGACACGGAUGGAUUGUCCUAUUGAGCUAUGCCCUAUAAUGCAAUUAUACGAGUAUACCAUACGAUGUCUGCUCCUAAACGGCUUCCACGAUUUCGCUUAAUCCUCAGACUCCUUCCUCAACCUCCGUUCUAUCCUAUCCACCGCCUCCUUCCGCCUCUCAUUGUACCCCUUCCUCGCAUACCCCACCCGCGCGAGCUUUGCCGCAAGGAUACAACGCUCCCUCUCCCGCUUACUCCUCACAUCUGAUCCCACCUGCUCCUCGCUAGGUAUCGGUACGAGUUCAGGAUGCGACGCUUGCGCCGGCUCGCUAUGCGACAGCUUCGCUACCCCAGGGUGUGCUGGCUUCGCCCUCAAUGGACUAGCCGUCGCAUGCCUUCGAGGCGUCGGCGAUGUCGGCUCGUUGGGAUCUCGAGUGCGU